AUGGCUUCUCCACCCCCAGGUCAGCCACCUGAUGCCGCCUAUCUCGCCCAGUCCCGAGUUCCCGAAAUCUUAUUUGGAGCCAUCUUCCCGGCCGCGAUAGCAACCAUCUUUGUCCUCGCUCGUUUCUAUUCUCGGGCUAUCCUCAUGAAGAAUUGGGGAUGGGAUGAUUCCUGGAUAUUGCUUUCUUGGCUUAAUGGGGGGGUAGUGUUGACUGUUCUCAGCUGGGUCCUGACCCAUUAUGGUGCGGGUCGACAUGCGAUACUUCUCACUCUGCCCGACAUUGAGAAGCUGGGCUUUAUUGGCAACGUGUGCCGUUUCCUGUAUACGACUUGUCUUUUCACGACAAAAAUCGGCAUGUGUGCCCUGUAUCUUCGAUUGUUCGUGGAGCAGAGAGAUAGAAUGAUUGUCUGGGUGAUAAUCGCAUACCAUACUAUCUUCACAAUCAUUUUGUUCUUUCUGCUUGUAUUCCGCUGUACUCCUUUUCAGGCGAAUUGGAUUCUCACAACGGGGUCAUGCCAGCCUUACGCAAACUCCUUGUACGCAUCCGCCAUGCUCAACAUCUUCGGCGACAUCACCCUCAUCGCCUUCAUCAUUCCCAAACUCUGUACAUCCACCUUCUCAUCUCAAUACCAUCCAGCUAACCAAUUCCACACAGCCACACUAAAAAUCGGCCGGAGACAACGAAAUAUCCUCAUCGGUGUCAUGGGAAUGGGCGUACUCGUCAUCAUCGCCGCGAUCGUGCGCUUAAUCCGCACCAUCGACGAGCUCAAGAGUGCAAACAAUCCAGGCUACGACCUCACAUUCGCAAGCUACGACGUGAUGAUCUGGAGCUCAGUGGAAUUGAACAUGGGUCUUGUCUGCGCGGCUGCGCCAGCUACUAGGCCUCUUGUCAGAUUACUUGCUCCGCGCUUGCUGCCAAAUGAAUCUGGUGGUCAACUGGAUAACUCGGCGGCCAGGAGAAGCAAUUAUGCUGAUGGAACGUUGGAGAGUGAGAAUUCGCAGCCGGGGGACGAGAGAUUUGAACUGGGUGGUUGGUUGAAAAGUGGAACCGGGAAGAGUGUAUCUGAUCAGGGAUAUGGGAAUGCGGAAUUGUGGGACUGUGGAGGUCUUCUAAAGAAUGAGACGUGCGUAGCUGUGGAGGGCAGGCGUAUUGAUAGCGACAGAGGGGAUGGUAAAGAUCAUAACUAUUGA